GAGAAAUAAAGUGUAAACUAAAGAAUUCUGAUUCAAUUGUGCCGUUACAAUCACCAAGAAAUUCGGUUUUCAUUUUGUACAGUGUGAAGAGUGAAAUAUAUAUUUAUAUAUCAAAAAUUAAUUAAUUAAAUCAAAAUUGACGUGCAAAAGUGCAAAAGUGCAAAAUGUCGGGAGACGAUUUGAAUCGAUCACCGCCAAGACUUCCGCUAAUUUUAACAUUUUUCCGGCGUCAAAGUAAGACGGAUGAUUCAACGCAAUUCAAAGAAAAACGUCGUAUCAUUGUAUUUGGCGCGGCUAAAGUUGGUAAAUCAACUAUAAUCAAGCAGUUUUUAUUCAAUCAAUUUACAAAACGCCACAUCAAAACUGUUGAAGAUUUUUAUGUUUCGGACUAUAAUCUAAGCACCGGCGCCUCAUUGACACUCGAAAUUCUUGAUACCAGCGGUACAUUUCAAUUUCCAGCCAUGCGUGCACUGUCUAUAUCGCAUGGAAAUGCAUUUCUAUUGGUAUUUUCGGUGCAUGACGAAGAUUCAUGGAAAGAAAUUGAAGAGCUACGGCAACAGAUUGUGUGUGCCCGAGAUGCGGACAUUCCCAUUGUGAUUGCUGCAAAUGUUUUUGAGGAAAAUGAACGUCGUGUCGAUAGAAAAAUUGUUGAAGAGGCUGUUGAACGUUGGGGUUGCGGCUACAUCGAGUGCAACGCCAAGAAAAAUGCAAAAAUUGUUGAAGUGUUUGAACGAAUUCUGACACAAUCGAACAUCGACUAUGAUCUAACCGAAGCCAUUUCACGACGUCGACAAUCUUUGCCCAUCUAUUCGGGCAAAAAUCGCAUGAAGCACACCAACGACCACCAACGAAAAGCAUAA